GUGUGAGUGGUCGUAGCGAGUGGUGGUGGUGGUGGGGGGGGGGAGCCCCUCUGGCUCCAAGCUGCCACACGGGGCCAGGAGGAGGAGGAGGAAGAGGAGGAGGAGGAAGAGCACGAAGCGUGACGCGUGCGGCGUUCACGUCAAACAUCCACAUCGGCGCCAUCCAACAUUGACCGUCACCGACAAGGGAGAGAGACAGGGAGAGGGGCAGGGAGAGAGGCAGGGAGGGAGGGAGGCUGAUUCUUCUGCUACUACUCCAGUACCACCAACCACCACCACCGCCAGCCACACUUUUAGCUGCCCCCGGGACACACGGAUUGAGCCGGUUCGUUAUUGAGGCGUUCAAGCCCAAGUUUGGAAGUCGCUGGAUGAACACAAAUUCAUUGCUUUCACCGCCGGAGAAAUCCGACGGCCAGAGAGACACGAAAGUUUUGGCAUCCAGCUGUCCCUCUGGUCUCCUGCAGAGGUGAAAAUGAGAUUUCCCAAAAUCAGCAACAGCUAAGUAUUGAACGGGGGAGCAGAUAUCUCAAGGAAGUGCGUGGAAAAAAAGAUAAUUUCCUCGUCACCCCCUCUUUAAUUCGUUGUUGCUGUCGUCACCACUGGCAACACAUUUAUUUAUUUUAUAAGACUCCCACGACACCUGGGCUCCGGCAUUGCAUGGUGGCGGUGGCGAUGGCGAUGGCGACGGCGACGGUGCGGCGAGCGCGCGCCCGGGACCUGAACCCGUUCGUGACGUGCUCCCUGUGCCGCGGAUACCUCAUCAAGCCGACGGCCGUCACCGAGUGUCUGCACACCUUCUGCAAGAGCUGCAUUGUGCAGCACUUUGAAGAGAGCAACGAGUGCCCCAAGUGUGGCAUCCAGGUGCACGAGACCAACCCUCUGGAAAUGUUGAGGCAGGACAAGACUUUGGAGGAAAUCAUCUUCAAACUUAUCCCUGGCCUGAGAGAGUGUGAAGAAAAGCGAGAACGUGACUUUUGGAACGCGCAGAGAAAUCAAGAGUACCGGAACGAUGAAGAGAACAGGCCCAAGAGGCUGAAGCUGGAGGACGACAGUCCGUGUGGAAACGGAGACUUCCACCGGAGCGACCCGCAGAUCGCCAUUUUCCUCGACUGCCUACGCAGCAACGGGCAAGGGGGCGACACUGCUGUCGAGAGCCUGAUGAAGCGCUUCAUAAAAUGCUCCAAGCGGGUGACUGUGGGGACCAUCAAAAAGUUCCUGAGUUUCAAACUGAAACUUCCCAGCAAUUACGAGCUGGACGUCCUGUGCAACGGAGAGAUCAUGGGCAAAGACCACACUAUGGAGUUCAUCUACAGAACCCGGUGGAGAAUUAAAGAAGGCGACUCCUUCCCGAUGAUCUUGCAGUAUCGCCCAAAAGUCGACUUCAGCUACAUGUGAACAGUUUUUAACAGAAGUAUACCUUUUUGCACUAAGAAUUGAAUGUACGGGAUUCCAAAAGCUAGAGUGGUCAGUAAAAAAAAACCUGAAUGAUGUUAUAUAUUUGCUAUUCUAGAGAGUAUAUAAGUUUUCAUAGCUGGCUAAUAGGAAACGAGGCUGGAACUUAUGUAGCACGACAAAGGUCAGUUUAAGUUCAUAUUUUAAAUAGUAAAGAGACGAGACGUUAGCACUUACAUUGAGCCCAGUAUCCUUCGGUGGCUGCCGCCAUGCUCCCUUCUUUUGAACCAACUCCGCUCUGUGCUCACCGCCUGCCAGUAUUUCUUACAAACAACUAGACUGCGUGCUUCUCAAGGGCCUAGGUCGCGUCGCGUGACAUGGAACCCCUCCACCCUACGCUGCGUCCUCCGGUGAAACGACAUCGGUGCAAAUUCCAUUCAAUCCCAGAAUGUAUUUGAGUGCGGUGGUCGACCCACGUCUCGUUGCGGGACGAUGUUUUUUUGUUUGUUAGCAAUGUUUGGCUCCCAAUGAUGACCAUCUGCUGUUUGGUCCUCCCUCUGAAGGAGCACAUGGGUGGCAUUACAAUGAGAUGACGAAGUGAAGACCUGUGUCCCGACGUGGUUGGAGCAGAGAGAGAGACUCUUCUUCUGUUGCGGCAUUGUGCAUCUAGGCGUUUGUGCACGGGGUGGGAAACGUGCCGCAGCGUGGAUAAGGAAGAAAUAGCCGGGCCGCCACGAUCCAGGAGUUUAAAACUCUUUUUGGUGAACAAAAGUCCAGGAAUGACUUGGACCACCCUUGUACUUUCACCGGGAAUACACUUUUGAGAAUCCCAUUUAAAUUCUGAGUUAGAUCUCGUACCAGAUAGCAACGAAAAAAAUUUGCUCUAUUUACAAUUUACAAAAUCGAGAGUCGUUAAUCAAGUAAAUCAUGCUGUGCUGUUUAAGACGUAAAUACUAGACGUUAUAAUACAAUAAUGAAAGUUAAAUAAAAAAAGGUAUGAAAUGUCAAAAGGCAUAAAAUUGUUGUAAUAUUAAGUGCCCAGAAAGAAGGUAUAUCGUAACGAAAAUUACGAUAUAUUUGUUUCACCUUGUGUUAACGUUUUACUGUCAAAGACACGAACUGGUUCAGUCUCAUUUUGGGAUCUAAUUGAUUGCACUCGGACGAUGCGCGGUCAGCUCUGGGGCCCCAGGACAGAUUUGACAAAUGUGGUGUUCGCAGAGAGACGUCACUGACUUGAAAGCACGGGAGCAAGAUAGCUAAAUCAGGUUACGUGCAGAGAUAUGGAGGCACUUUGCUCCGUGAACCUUUAUGGAUGAAAACUUAACCAGUGGAAUUCGAUGAAUUUCCAUGAAAAAGUGUAUCUCACGUGUUGCAAGGGUGUUCUCUAAAUGGCUAUUCGAGGACACAUCUUGCUGCACUUUUAUAGACAGGAACCAGGUGAGUUAGUACAUUGGAAGGUGUUUUAUAGGCAAUAGUUGCAUACUCAAUUGUGAGUAAAAUUAUUUGAACAGUUGACGCCACGUGUGAAGGAAAGGCAAAGCACUUGAUUCUAUUGAACCCAAGAUCAAGUCUGCACUUUUUAACAAGAUUGUCAAUGUAAUGUUGAGGGUCGGGAUACAGAUACAUGUAGGUAUGAUCCAUUUUUAUAAAACGUGUUUAUAGGAAAGAGGAAAUAGAAUAUCAAUUUUAGGCUUGUUGCAAAAACAAUCUUGUGUAAACCAGUCAAACCUAAUAUAUUUUUGCAGCUCAGUAAAUCAAUAGGCCAUUAAAUACAAUAUUUUGCCCUGUACGUAAUAUCGAGUUGGAAAACAUUUGGCUAUACUUUGAAAAGUAUCAGAGAUAAGUGAUAUAGACACUAAAUGGUGGUUCUAAAAAUGUAACAAUCUGAGAUACCCUUUCAUGGACAGGUGCUCAGACUUGACCACCUCAAUGACUUCAAGUGCGUCAUGGGCCACAGCAUCAAAUACCUUCUUGAAGUCAACAAGUUGCUCGCAAUCAUCACCUCUCGUCCACGAGAGAGGACGUUGAGCCAGGGUGUGGCUCCUUGCCUCCCUCUCGUGCCGCUCACGGAGCGGCGAAACCCACGUGGGGUAACACAGCCCGUGACACCGCGGGGGGGGGGGGGGUAGAGUCCUCGUGUCUGUGAGCCUCAGCCGGAAUAAACACCGGGGCCCAGCUCGAUACAAAACACCUCGUCCCAGCAGAGAAGCCCCCGUUGUGGGAGGGCCGCGUGUGCACGCUGGCACCACGAGGCACGAGUGACGCAACAGGUGGUGGGGGGCACAUGACCUCGGCCAGCGCCAACGACUGAAAUUUGGCUACGAAAUAUUUAACCGAAUUUAAAAAAUGUUAUGGGUAGCGGAGGGGGAGUUGGACCUAUGCAUUGAGAACAAUAAAGGAUAUUUGGGUAGGGCGGGAAGGCGCGUGAUCACCAGAUUUGUAUCGAGCUUUGUGCCACUCACACGCCGAGAGGUGCAAUGCAGAGGUCGCCGGUUCGAUCUCCUGCCCACUGCAGUUGAAACGAUGGCCAAAUGUUUUCAAUCCUCACGCCUCUAUCCACCCGGCAGUGUAUAUUUGGGUAGAGCAUCGUCAAGGUGCGCGGCGGGGGGGGGGUGUGAAGUGCGAGGCUACUCUCACAUCUUCCAAGAAUUCUGGCCAGUGUGGAAGAAUAGGCGAAAACACACUCUCAAAGGGAGCUCUCCAGCACGAGUGGAGUGGAGAGGCCCUGCCACCAGCAGCAGCGGGAGCAGUACGUUGCGUGGCCGCCCCUUUAACUUUCACCUCUCGUGCCCUGAAGAAGCGUGCUUGUUCUAAGAGGAUUUAUGGCAGCGUCAAGACGCGGAGCGGAGUCCAUCAGAAGGGAGUGGAGCAUGGCGAAGGGCGCUGUGAAGAAUAGAUCGGGCUGCGAGGCGUAAUGGCAUUAGUCAUGAUUUAUAAAGGCAGGCAUGGCGGAUUGGUUUACAUGACAUCUUAGUUUUGCCACUUAUCAACGAUGUUUUAAAACUACAUUCCUUCGUGUUAAACAAUAUAUACUGUAAGCAUACAUGAAUAAUUUGCUGCCGGUUGCAUUUUUUCUCCCCCCAUUCAUCGCACUUAAGACGAGCAGAGCAACAGCUUGAAAGCAGAUUCAGCACCGGAGCAGUGCAGAUCUUCGAAUCGUCGUGAUCCGUGUUUCGCAGGUGUCUUACCUGUAGGGCACGCGAUGGCAUCUACCUAUAACCGUGAAUGCUUGGAUACUUAAGGAAGAUACUCCAGGUGUAAUGAUGCAUUUCGAUUCAUAGGUAAAUAGAUUCUUGCGGCUCAAACGUCGAGAAUCAAUGUUUUCUGAUUCAUGCAAAAAUUAUACGCACUCAUUUCAGCUAAUGGGAGGAAACCAGAACUGUCCAAGCCAAUCGUAAAGAGAGGAACAACCGAUACCAUCUGAGACGGUGGAAUUGGAUCGCAUCCCUGACUUGCGUCGAAUCGCCGCAACCCCAAGAGAGAAUCACGGCGAUCUUGCCGUCGGUGCUGAAGUGGCUGAUGAAAGCCAACUUCUCUAAGUUAACUUGUUUUUUUUCUUGAUUUUGGCCAAAAAAAACAAAAAACCUAAAAACACUGGCACAUGUAAUGUUAGAGAAC